AUGACAGAAAAGAAAAAAAAACCACGACUAAAAAGAAAGAAGGAAAAUAAGAUUGAUCGGAUGGUGAGAGGGAAAAGACGAUUAGAAUCAAAGAGGAUAUCACAGUGA